AUGAAAAGGAGACAACCCGGGGGGAAAGAGAGCCGUGGCCCAAGAAUUAGGCUGCAGCUUCUGAACCACAACGAACGUGUUGAAGAAGGAAUCGUCAGAAACAGAAAUGCCCAAAACUAUGCAAAGAGAGAGAGAACGUUUAGUAGCAUGAAUUUUGAAGUAGGAGUCAGCGUAGAGAAGCCUUUUAUGCAACAGAUGGCUACAAUUUGUACUAAGUCCCCCAAUGAGCCUCUCGGGCCCCAUUAUUUUUAUUUAGUCUUUGCAAAACAUAUAGGAAGAAAUAAAAAAAAAAAAACUUUUUUCUCUCUCUUCCAGGGUAAAGACUAUGACCGUCUCAAGAUGUUGGAAGUUGGAGCUGAUGAGGCUGAACGUUGGGAGAGAAGAAAGAAGAAAAAGAACCCAGACCAAGGUUUCUCUACCUAUGAAGAUGCUACAAUUAGACAGUACAACCGUUUGGUAAAGAACAGGAAGAUAGACUUAGAAGAGUAUGAAAGAGAAAAAGAGGCAGUGGGGGAAGAUGCAUUCUAUGGAAGGGACAACACUAUAGCUAUUGGGCUUCACAAGGAUUCCAAAGAAGCUAUUGAUGGUAUGGUAGAUGAUCUAGAGAAACAGAUCUCUAAGCGAGAGAAAUACUCACGCCGCCGUAUCUACGAUGAUGAUGCUGACAUCAACUUUAUCAAUGAGCGUAACAUGAAGUUCAACAAGAAGCUGGAGAGAUUCUAUGGUGACUACACUGAGGAAAUCAAGCAGAAUCUAGAACGUGGAACAGCUGUGUAAUUCUUUAGAUGUUUCAUGCCUGUUUUACAGUGGAUACAAAUUAACAGAAAAAGUAUGUUAUUGUAGAAGUUCAUGGUGGAUUUCAGUAUCUUUUAUUUUUAUAUGUUAUUUUAUGUCAUUGUCAUUAGGUUUUCUAGAAUGUAUCACUUAAUUAGGAACAUAAUCAAUAGUUUAUGAUGUUUUUUUUUGUUUUUUUUUUUCUUCUUUUAUUUCCAUUUUUCUCUGUAUUAUCAAUAGUGAUAAUUAUAAUCUUGACUGAGAACUUUGACUGUUGUCAGUCAAAACAGAGAAUAAUAUUUUGAUUGAAUAAAAGAAAUUAUUAUUAUUAACCAUAUUUUUUAUGUGUGAAAUAGGACUAUGUUAAGGUUUCACAAAUGAUAAAAUGAUAAAGAAAAAAGCCUCAAGACUCAAGGAACUAAUGGAAUUAUUACAAUUACCUGAAAGUAUUCUGUAAUUGAUAAUGGUUUUGUCUUUUUAUUAUGUAUUCAGACUUGACUUGUUUCUGUGGAUUCCUGUUUGUUUCUGGAUUUCAGGAAAAUUUGUGAAAUAGAUACAAUAUAUUUUGCAUUAUUUGUAAUUCAAGAGAGUGUGUGUGUGUGUUUGCAUGUGAGUGUGAGAGUGAGAGUGAGUGUGAGUGUGAGUGUGUGAGUGCAAAGUGUGAAUGUGAGUGUGAAUGUGUGCAUGCAUGCAUGCAUGCAUGCAUGAGAGAGAGGGUUAAUAAGAUAGUGAAAAGUGAGAGAGAGAGAGAGAGAGAGAGAGAGAGAGAGAGAGAGAGAGAGAGAGAGAGAGAGAGAGAGAGAGAGAGAGAGAGAGAGAGAGAGAGAAAAGAGAGAGAUAUGAUCUUUAUUGUACAUGAAGAUUGAAAUUAAUAAAUUUUUAAAAUGAUAAAACACAAAUUACCAUAUUUUCUUCAAAAUUUGUCUUGUUCUUAGCAUGAUACUUGCCACUUUAAUGGGCUGACAGUACAAAUUUGUAACUUCUCAGUGUGUCAUUUUUAUAGAUUUGUUGUGAAUAUUUUUUGGUUGAUAACAAUGUCCAUGUUUUUUUUAUCAUAGUUUUAUCGUUUAUUAAUUUGCUUUAUCAUCAAAGCUCUUGGGAGUGGAACUUGUGUGAAUAAUAAAGUGGAACUUGUAUGAAUAUAUUUUCUAUCAGAGUU